GCAAUGGUGAGAUUGUUUAAUAUUCAAGCUUAAUAAGAUGGUCGUGGAUGGAUUGAGUGAGUGUGUGGUUGCUGAUAGAAAAAUAAUACUGCCCGUGAUGGCUGGUCUGGAGUGGUUUGCCCAUCUGACGGUGAUCCGAUGGCGUUGGAGUAGUGGUGCUGGUGAUAGUGAUCUGAUGGUGGUGGACUGGUGGCCUUUGCUUUGUUGGGUUGUGGCGUCUGGUGGCGAGCGGCCCUCGUCAGCUCGUCUCCCUUUGCUCGGCCCACCAUUGGCCUUGUGCCCUUGUCCCCCUCGCAGCCUGAAUUUUAUUCCCUCUCUAUCUGCAUAUUGUUUUCUUUUUGUUUGUUUGGGAGCGGAAUAUCUCCCGUGCUUUUUGGUGCUCCAAGUUGCCGCUCUGGUUGGUUUGGGGGAGCCGCCAGCUCAGUGGUACGUGGGUGGAAUCCAGUCGAGACGUUGGGUGCGGAAGAGGCUCAGCCUCCAUUGCCGGCAUCGGCCGCCGGCGCCGGCGGCCGCCGCGGCUCCUCUCCUUGCACAACAGAUGGGGGACGUUGUGAAGGACCUGACAGCCGGGACCGUAGGAGGGGCGGCCAACCUGUUUGUUGGGCACCCAUUCGACACCAUCAAGGUGAAGCUGCAGAGCCAGCCCACCCCUGCUCCUGGCCAGCUCCCCAAGUAUGCAGGCGCCAUCGAUGCUGUCAAGCAGACGAUCGCGGCUGAAGGGCCGAGGGGCCUGUACAAGGGAAUGGGGGCACCUCUAGCCACUGUAGCGGCAUUCAACGCUCUCCUGUUCACCGUCAGGGGCCAGAUGGAGGCCGUGCUCCGCUCCGAGCCAGGCGCGCCGCUCACCGUCGGCCAGCAGGUCGUCGCCGGCGCCGGCGCGGGGGUCGCCGUCUCGUUCCUGGCGUGCCCCACCGAGCUCAUCAAGUGCAGGUUGCAAGCCCAGAGCUCCUUAGCCGAGGCAGCAGCCGCCUCCGGCGUGGCUGUACCCAAAGGCCCGAUCGAUGUGGCGAAGCACGUCGUCCGGGACGCCGGCGCGAGAGGCCUCUUCAAGGGCCUGGUGCCGACGCUGGGGCGCGAGGUCCCCGGCAACGCGGUGAUGUUCGGCGUGUACGAGGCCGCGAAGCAGUACCUCGCCGGCGGCCCCGACACGUCGGGCCUCGGCCGGGGGUCCCAGGUCCUGGCCGGCGGCCUCGCCGGCGCCGCCCUGUGGCUGUCGGUGUACCCGACGGACGUGGUGAAGAGCGUGAUCCAGGUGGACGACUACCGGAACCCGCGGUACGCGGGGUCCCUGGACGCGCUGAGGAAGAUCGUGGCGGCCGACGGCGUCAAGGGCCUGUACAAGGGGUUCGGGCCGGCCAUGGCGCGCAGCGUCCCUGCCAAUGCCGCGACGUUCGUGGCGUACGAGAUAACAAGAUCGGCGCUCGGUUGAUUGGCUGCGACUUGCCAUUGGAGUGGUGGCCUUUGCUUUGUUGGGUUGUGAUGUCUGGUGGCGACGUCUCCUUUUGCACAGCCCACCAUUGGCCCUGUGCCCUUUCAUGAAUCAGCUCAAGUGUUCUUCGUUUAAUUUGUUUCGUAUACCUCGCAAGUCGCAAAGCAAUCUGUUGCACCUCUGGCAUGCCAGAUUUA